AUGGGGUCCCCAAUCUCCGGCUACCUGGCUGAGGCGGUCUUGCAGGAACUGGAAACUCGGGUCUUCCAGACCUACAGGCCGAAAUUCUGGAUGCGCUACGUAGACGACACCUUUGUCAUCCUGCACCGAGACGCGAAAGACAACUUUAAAAGAGAAUUGGACUCGGUUUUUCCACAAAUCCAAUUUACCAUGGAGGAAGAAACUAACGGAGUGCUCUCUUUCCUCGACGUCCAGGUAUCGAGGCAGGAAGACGGAACCCUCCAGACUGGUGUCUUCCGAAAGGCGACAGACACGGAGAAAAUUCUCCACUACAACAGCAAUCAUCCCUUGUCGCACAAGCGCAGUGGUGUCCGGACAUUUUUUCACCGCAUCCACACACACUGCAGCACAGAAUUCGAGAAGCUGCGGGAGCGUAAAACCCUAUGGCACCUCUUCCUUGCCAACGGAUAUCCACGCAGUUUCGUAAACAAAUGCUUGUACGGAAGGCACAUGAAGACCGACGAUGAGCAGAAACAAAGACCAGAAAUCUUCCUUGUCUUGCCCUACGUGCGUAACGUCUCCGAAGCCACUGAGCGCAUGCUAAGACCGCUAAACGUGGGCGUUGGACAUCGACCGGAGGCCACCAUCCGCCGCUUAAUCAUGCAGCCCAAGGACCGACUACCACCUGCAGACACGUCAGGCGUAAUUUAUCGCGUCAAAUGUCUGGGCUGCCCAGCCAACUACUGUGGCAUGACCGACAAACGCCUAAGAACGCGCAUGCAUGAGCACACUUUGGCCGUAAGGCGAAAGGAUGUUCGAUCGCAUGUCGCCAUGCACUGUCUGGAGAACAAUCACACGCUCGACUUUGACGGCGCCCAAGUGCUUGGCAGAGCGGAAAGCAAACUGGCGAGGGAAGUAAUCGAGGCCUGGAAAUCGGACACGAACUCUAUCAACCGAAGUAUCGAUUUUCCAGCGCCAUACGAGGCCGUCAGGCACCAUCUACGCGCGAGAGGGGGGCCAACGAGAAGCGAACGGGACGAACCUAUCGGGUGA